AUUCUCUGUAAAUAAUGAAAAAAAAACUGUCAAUAAUGAUAGGUGCAGUGAGCUGUCAAUCAUGUAUUUGACUCGGGAUUUGAGCAGCAGAGGUGGGCUCGCGGCGCACUGACUGGCUGAGGGGGGAGAUGGAUAAAUUGGGUAUUUGGCUAACGUGUUCGGACAGCUGUUAGUGUUUAAAACGCAACCUUUUAAAACAGCAAGGGGUCUCAGGAUGGUUUGAGGCACGGAAGACGCUGGCUAGCCGGUCAUUUAGGCGCACACGUGUCGUGACCAGUCUCUGUCUUUGUAUCAAUUCCACUUGGACUGUGGCGGUUCGUAAGACCCAGGAGAGACAUUGGGGCCCACACCGCCCAAGACAUGAAAACCACAUGUCUGGGUGGCUCCAGUAAUGUGCCAUGGGCUACGAGGUCACCAGGUUCCAGGGGGAAGUGGAUGAGGAUCUGCUGUGUCCCAUAUGUAGUGGAGUUUUAGAAGAACCUGUGCAGGCUCCUCACUGUGAGCAUGCCUUCUGCAAUGCCUGCAUCACCCAGUGGUUCUCCCAGCAGCAGAUCUGUCCUGUGGACCGCACCGUGGUCACACUGGCUCACCUGCGGCCUGUGCCUCGCAUCAUGCGCAACAUGCUGUCCAAGCUGCAGAUAACCUGCGACAACGCCGCCUUCGGCUGCACAGCCGUGCUGCGCCUCGACCAGCUGCAGUCGCACCUGAAGGACUGCGAGCACAACCCCAAGAGGCCUGUGAUGUGCGAGCAGGGCUGCGGGCUUGAGAUGCCCAAGGACGAGUUGCCGAACCACAACUGCAUCAGGCACCUGCGUGGUGUGGUGCAGCAGCAGCAGACCAAGAUCGCCGAGCUGGAGAAGACGGCGGCUGAGCAUAAGCACCAGCUCGCCGAGCAGAAACGGGACAUUCAGCUGCUGAAGGCCUACAUGCGAGCCAUACGCAGUGCCAACCCCAAUCUGCAGAACCUGGAAGAGACCAUAGAGUACAACGAAAUCGUGGAGUGGGUGAACUCCCUCCAGCCGGCCCGUGUUACUCGCUGGGGUGGAAUGAUCUCCACGCCAGACGCCGUGCUGCAGGCGGUGAUCAAGCGUUCGCUGAUCGAUAGCGGCUGCCCGCUGUCCAUCGUCAACGACCUGAUCGAGAACGCCCACGAGCGCAGCUGGCCGCAGGGCCUGGCCACGCUGGAGACGCGGCAGAUGAACCGGCGCUACUACGAGAACUAUGUGGCGAAGCGCAUCCCGGGCAAGCAGGCGGUGGUGGUGAUGGCCUGCGAGAACCAGCACAUGGGCGAGGACAUGAUCCUGGAGCCGGGCCUGGUCAUGAUCUUCGCCCACGGAGUGGAGGAGAUCUUGUAAUGAAGGAGAGGAGCAGUGAGCCUGGAAGUGAUGUGGUGUGGACGCCUACAUGGAGUGCACAUCAGUUUGGACUCUGGCCACCUCUAAACCUCAUUUUUGCCUACACAUCUGCCCCCCCCCCCCCAUUCCUAUAUAUGCUGCAUAAAUGUCCAUUGGAGGAGAGGGCUCUUUAAAAAUGCGUAACCAUUCCUGGGAAGCAGAUGACCACCAGCCCCGUAGCUUUCCCUGCCUUACGUGGACAGUCAAGCAGAUGGACCAGGGAGGAAAAUGUGUAUCUAUGGUCCGUAAACACUACCAACGGUCAGGAGAUGUGCAGCUGUAGAACGGUGUCACUGAAUGAGACAGAAUCGUACUUUAGUAUGCCAGCCCUGGUAUUGCCUUGGGCUCUGCUGACGUAGAGGCUUCGAAAGGCAAAAUAAAACCUAAGGUUAAUUCCUUCCCCUAGUUGCUUCCAAUCAUGCAGACGUCUGCUGAAAAGGUAUUUAUAUAACUAUAAAUAAUAUAAACAGAGAAUAUGAUUUAGAUUUAGUAUAUAAUAAAUGAUGCGUUUCGUAAUUUUAAUGCUGUCACACCUCCCGAUUUUCAUGAGUAGCUUGGAAUAAGUAGUUCCACAUUAUUUCCCACUUUAGCCGGCCAUAAUUACCUCUAAACGUUGCAAAGCUCAGGACCCCUAGCCGUUUCCACAUCAGCUCACCUCAUUGGAAGUUAAUGCAGAAGCACUCAUCUGUUCCGUUUGUAGACUGCAGCUGAGGAAGACCGUGUGCAGUCUUCUUGUCUGAUGCCCCAAUCCCAGCUCUGCAAAGGCUUCUGUGUAGGUAACGUGUUAGCUGGGAGACCACUGUGCUUUUGAACUGACGGUCAAGCUGUGAUGAGUGUCAGCUGGACCAAUAAAGACUUGUGAUUUUGCUCUCCAUUAUUAUCUGGAUUGUUUUGGGAUUCCCUGCCUUGAAAAUGUACUUGGUUCCCAAAGUGUGUACUACCCGGAAUUACAACAACUGUGGAACCACCCUGCGUCAAUCAGUUGUCAAGGUUUUUCUGUCAAUUUAGCAAAAUUUACACUGGUGCACCUCAAUUCUAUGGGAUUUCGGACACAAUAUGGCAUGUAAAGGAGCCCUUUCACUCGGAACUGGUGGCUCAUAUGCUCCCAGUCAGACUACAAUGGCUUUUCUUUGUUCCCACAGUCAUGAAUACUAGAAAAGUCUGAAAAACCAACGUGGUUGCUGACAUAUUGUGCUGCUUCUCACUUCACCGAUCAUAGUCUCUCAAAUUAUUUUUCGUAACCUUUUCCUUUGAAUACUGUUGUGAUCUGUGUGUGACUUUUGUUACCCUCUCAAAGGCAACUACCUGUUUAGUGUGUAAUGUGUAUAAUUUGGACUGCGUAAUUUAUCUCUAGGAAGAAAGUUUACUUUUGUGUGUAUUGGUGUGCUGUAUAUAACUGGUAAUAUUCUAUCAUGUACUUUUUUUUUAUUUCCUGCUACCAAAGUAUGUACAACAGUGACAGCAGUGGUGAAACAGUUGACUUUCUGUGUUGAAAUUCGAAUGAAGGUUUCCUAAUGGUGAGCUCGACUCUAGGGCAGACAAAAUAUCACAUGUACACCAGGAACAUCAGUCUUGUCUUGCAUUCUGUGUUUAUGCUUGUUUGUUUUUCUUUAACGUGGUUAUAUCUUUCUUUGGUGGUUACUUGUUCAACAUUAGGAUUAGUACAAUGUGGUGCAGCUUGUACAGAGUUAGGACAACAUCCUGCUUGCAUAGUAACCCAUGAACUCCUAAAGAUGUUUGAUGAUAACCAGACAGACGGACGUGCUGCUGAGAAGCAAUGUUCUUAUUCCAGUUUUCUGGUUCUGCAUGGCCAUUAGGUUUACCGAUUUUUGUUUGGGCCCUUCUUUUAGAGUACAGUGUUUCAAGCUGUUUCGUUCAGUGCAGUAUAAAGUAGGCAUGUAUCUAUAGAGAUGAUUGGGAGAACUGGUUGGCUGCAGCCCCUAGUUCAGUGUUGUAAAUAAUGCUGUAGUCGACCACAUGAUGCAGACGUAUCUCCUCUCCCAGUGGAGAGUGUUACUCUUUGAAAAGGACUGAAUUCUGUGAACUGGAAAGUUAGUCUUUUCUGUUUCUUCCACAAGAUGGGAUAUAUGUAAUGCACGAAGCAACCGUGUCGUGGCUGAUCAUGUGUAGGUCUGAACUGUGGCAAUAGUCCUGUUUAUUACACCUGAACUUCUGUUCCGGAAGAAGCACUUAAGUGAGGAAAGAUUUAUUCUAAAUUUGUCUGAAUUUUAUUUUUGAAGUAUGUAAAUAUAAUGGAUAUUAUAAAUAAUGAAAAGCACUUUCAACCAAAAUCUCCUCAUGUACCUUUCUUUGUGUUUGUUUCAGCAGCAGAUUACUGGUGUUUGUGUUUUUUUUUUAUUAUUUAAUUAAAAUGGCAAUAGACGUACCGAU